AUGGGACCCUCGGGGCGGCUGGUGACCAUCAGAAGGAGCGGGCUGGACGGAGCCCACUUCCCGCUGACCCUCAGCAGCUGCCUGUUCGGAAGGGACAUCGAGUGUGACAUCCGCAUCCAGCUUCCCGUGGUGUCCAAACAACAUUGCAAAAUCGAAAUCCACCAGAAGGAGGCCACCCUGAUUAAUUUCAGUUCCUCGAACCCAACACAACUCAACGGCAGGGCCAUUGCCCAGCCUGUCCGCCUGCAGCACGGAGAUGUGAUCACGAUUGUUGAUCGUUCUUUCAGGUAUGAAGACGCCAGUCACCAGAGUCACCAGGAUGGGGACAGACCAGCCGCGAGUGUGGGACGGAGACACUCACAGGAGUCUCUGCGUCCACUUUCUGUGUCCGGCUUCUCCUCGGACCACGAUGGGGAAGUUCCAGAUUCCGAAGUCCUUGAAGAGAAGGUUCCGGGGCGCUCCGGGGUGCGUGCGAAGAGCCUCGGAGGUGCCCGCAGGAGCCUGGAGAGCCACGCCGGCAGGAGAACCCCGGAGCUGGCCGGGGAGCGGGGCAGGCCCCCCGGGACCCCGAGACCCGAGAAGGGCCGCACGAGCCUCUCUCCGUUUCAGCAGCUUUACGAGUCGAUGAAAGAGGAGCUGGGUGGCCGGGCCGAGAAGGAGAAUGUCCCCGGGGCCCCUCGGGGGAGGUCGGCCUCCCUCGGGCCCCAGGGCCAGCCCCCUGCCCCGGGCUCGGGAGGGCCCAGGAGGAAAUCGACCGGGGGCUCCCAGCGGCAGGCUGUCCCCGCGCCCGCAGAACAGGGGCACACCCCAAAGGAGCGGCAGGGACCCGGGGCCCACCCUGUGAGCUGUCCUCGCCCAGGAACACCCGUGGCCAAGAGCCCAGGGCAGCCGGCCCCGUCCCCGCGACCUUCCUCCCGGAAACGGCGGCGCAGCGAGGCCCUGGGAGCUGACGCCGGAAUGGGGUCUCCGAGUCCCGGGCCACAGAAGCUCCCGAGGAAAAGUCAGACCCCCACGAAGGUGGAAGGCGCCUGUGUUCCCGGGGACACGCCAGAGAAGCCCCUGCCCAAGAAGCAGAGGAGGCUGAGCUCCAGCGGGGCGCAGAGCCCCUCCGUCCUGGCCCCCCUGCUCAUGCAGGGCCUGGGUGAGACCCCGCAGGUCCCCCGGGCCGAGAAAGCAGCGGGGCACGCCGGCCCUGGCUCCCCUGGCCUGGGCUCCACCCACGUGGGCAGCUGCAAAGACCCCGCUAAGUGGGCAGCAGGCGAGCAGGGGAAGCGCAGGCGGGUGUCCUUCGGGGGCCGCCUCAGACCGGAGCUAUUUGACGAGAACUUGCCCCCCAACACGCCCCUGAAGAGAGGAGAGACGCCACGGAGAUGCCGCUCGCUGGCGCCCAGCGUGCUGAAGACCAUCAUCAAGGGGCGGCCACAGAGCCCAGCACAAGGCGUGCCCCCUUCAGACCCGCGCCAGGAAGCCGCUGACAGUCCCAGGCAGCCUGUCCCGGUGGUGGACACGCCCAAGCGGACCUCACGGCGGAGCGGCCAGCAGCCUCCUCGGAGAGUAUCCCUUGGGCGCAGCCGACAGGGCAUCCUCCAGAUGAUCCACUCCAAGAGGAGGAGCGGCGCGUCCGAGGCCAACCUCAUGGUGGCCAGGUCAUGGGCAGACGUGGUGCGGCUUGGCGCCAAGAAGACGCAGACCAGGACGGCGAAGCACGCGCCCAUCCGGCAGCCACCGAGAAAGCAGAGAAGAAUCCAGAACACCCCGAAGAAGCCGGUGGGCAGCAUCCCUGACCAUUUCAGCACUGGCCACGCCAACUCCCCCUGCACCAUCACCGUCGGCAGGGCCCACCUGGAGAAGGUGCGAGAGCCGGCCCGCCCUCAGUGGAUGCUGAAUCACCUGGUGUCCAGCCACAAGGCCGGCUUCCCCGAGGACCUCUCAGCGGAGGCUGCCCAGGGCGUGCAGGAGACCCCUAUGAUCGGGAAGUCCCCACGCACACCGCGGACGGUCACCCCCAUGUGCAGAGGACCAGCCAGUGAUGCAGGAAAGCUGAGGCUUCUACAGAAAACUCCAGAACAGAACCUGGGCCCGGCAGAAGGUGUCAGCGGGAGCAGGAGGAAGUCGGGAACCCCCAGAGUGAAGGCACAGCCCCUUGAGGACCUGCCCAGCUUGGAAGAGCUUUUCCAAACCCCAAAGCAAGUCAAUGCAAUAGCAACGUCCGAGGACGGGCCCUGUUCAUCUGCCAAGCCAGAGCCCGCCGGCACCCCCACCCCCAGCAGGCGACUCAAGAUACCAUCCCGGGGAGUGGGGGAGACCCCUGCAGCCAGAACAACUCCCCACAAGCCGGUGAGGGCUGCCACCACACGUGGAGAGCCAGCGGGUCUGGAAGGAGUCACGGGACCUCAGGAGACUGCAGGGCAGGACCUGGGCCUGGCAGGAGGCGUCACAGGGAGCAGGAGGCGGUCGAAGACCCCCACAGUGAAGGCGCAGCCCCUUGAGGACCUGCCCAGCUUGGAAGAGCUUUUCCGAACCCCAAAGCAAGUCAAGGAAGCAAAGUCCGAGGAUGGACCCUGCUCGUCUGCCAAGCCAGAGCCCGCUGGCACCCCCAUCACCAGCAGGCGACUCAAGACACCAUCUCGGGGCAUGCAGGAACCUUCCGCAGCCAGAACAACCCCACACACACCGGGGAGGGCCACCCCUACGUGCAGAGGACCAGCCAGUGAUGCGGGAAAGCUCAGGCUUCUACAGAAAACUCCAGAACAGGACCUGGGCCCUGCAGAAGGUGUCAGUGGGAGCAGGAGGAAGUCGGGAACCACCGGAGGGAAGGUGCAACCCCUUGAGGACCUGCCCAGCUUGGAAGAGCUUUUCCGAACCCCAAAGCAAGUCAAGGAAGCAAAGUCCGAGGAUGGACCCUGCUCGUCUGCCAAGCCAGAGCCCGCCGGCACCCCCGCUGCCAGCAGGCGACUCAAGACACCAUCUCGGGUUGUGCAGGAACCUUCCGCAGCCAGAACAACCCCACACACACCGGGGAGGGCCACCCCCAUGUGCAGAGGACCAGCCAGUGAUGCGGGAAAGCUCAGGUUUCUACAGAAAACUCCAGAACAGGACCUGGGCCCUGCAGAAGGUGUCAGUGGGAGCAGGAGGAAGUCGGGAACCCCCAGAGUGAAGGCGCAGUCCCAUGAGGACCUGCCCAGCUUGGAAGAGCUUUUCCGAACCCCAAAGCAAGUCAAGGCAAUAGCAAAGUCCGAGGACGGGCCCUGCUCGUCUGCCAAGACAGAGCCAGCUGGAACCUCCAGUACCAACAAGCGACUCAAGACACUGUCUCGGGGCGUGCAGGAACCCUCCGCUGCCAGAUCAGCCCCCCACACACCCGGGAGGGCCGUCCCCACAGGGGGAGAGCCAGCGGGUCUGGAAGGAGUCAUGGGGCCUCAGAAGGCUGCAGGGCAGGACCUGGGCCCAGCAACAGGCAUCACGGGGAGCAGGAGGCGGUCACGGACCCCCAGAGUGAAGGCGCAGCCCCUUGAGGACCUGCCCAGCCUGGAAGAGCUUUUCCGAACCCCAGAGCAAGUCAAGGCAGCAACAUCCGAGGACGGGCCCUGCUCGUCUGCCAAACCAGAGCCAUCCGGCACUCCCACCGCCAGUAGGCGACUCAAGACACCAUCUCGGGGCAUGCAGGAACCUUCUGCAGCCAGAACAACCCCACACACACCAGGGAGGGCCACCCCCAUGUGCAGAGGACCAGCCAGUGACACAGGAAAGCUCAGGUUUCUACAGGAGACUCCAAAGCAGGACCUGGGCCCGGCAGAAGGUGUCAGCGGGAGCAGGAGGAAGCCGGGGACCCCCAGAGUGAAGGUGCAGUCCCAUGAAGACCUGCCCAGCUUGGAAGAGCUUUUCCGAACCCCAAAGCAAGUGAGUGCAAUAGCAACGUCCGAGAACGGGCCCUGCUCAUCUGCCAAGCCAGAGCCCGCCGGCACCCCCACCGCCAGCAGGCGACUCAAGACACCAUCUCGGGGCGUGCAGGAACCUUCCGCGGCCAGAUCAGCCCCCCACACACCGGGGAGGGCCGCCCCCACACAUGGAGAGCUAGCGGGUCUGGAAGGAGUCAUGGGGCCUCAGGAGGCUGCAGGGCAGGACCUGGGCCCAGCAGCAGGCAUCACGGGGAACAGGAGACGGUCGCGGACCCCCAGAGUCAAGGCACAGCCCCUCGAAGACCUGGCCAGCUUGGAAGAGCUUUUCCGAACUCCAGAGCAAGUCAAGGCAGCAACGUCCGUGAAUGGGCCCUGCUCAUCUGCCAAGCCAGAGCCCGCCGGCACCCCCAUCACCAGCAGGCGACUCAAGACACCAUCUCGGGGCAUGCAGGAACCUUCCACAGCCAGAACAACCCCACACACACCAGGCAGGGCCACCCCCACGUGCAGAGGACCAGCCAGUGAUGCAGGAAAGCUCAGGCUUCUACAGAAAACUCCAGAGCAGGACCUGGGCCCGGCAGAAGGUGUCAGCGGGAGCAGGAGGAAGCCGGGGACCCCCAGAGUGAAGGUGCAGUCCCAUGAAGACCUGCCCAGCUUGGAAGAGCUUUUCCGAACCCCAAAGCAAGUCAAGGCAAUAGCAACGUCCGAGGACGGGCCCUGUUUGUCUGCCAAGCCAGAGCCAGCUGGAACCUCCAGUACCAACAAGCGACUCAAGACACCGUCUCGGGGCGUGCAGGAACCCUCCGCUGCCAGAUCAGCCCCCCACACACCUGGGAGGGCUGCCCCCACACAUGGAGAGCCAGCAGGUCUGGAAGGAGUCACGGGGUCUCAAGAGGCUGCAGGGCAGGACCUGAGCCCAGCAGCAGGCAUCACGGGGAACAGGAGACGGUCGCGGACCCCCAGAGUGAAGGCGCAGCCCCUCGAAGACCUGGCCGGCUUGGAAGAGCUUUUCCGAACCCCAGAGCACGUUAAGACAGCAACGUCCGAGGACGGGCCCUGCUUGUCUGCCAAGCCAGAACCCACUGGCACUCCCAGCACCAGCAGGCGAGUCAAGACACCAUCCCAAGAAGUGGGGGAGCCCCUCGCAGCCAGAACAACCCCCCACACGCCGGGGAGGGCCGCCUCCAUACACACAGGCCCAGCCAGUGCCACGGGAAAGGUCACAUUUCUGCAGGAAACUCCAGAGCAGGGCCUCAGCCGGGCAGAAGCUGUCGGCAGGAGCAGGAGGAAGCCGGGGACCCCCAGAGUGAAGGCACAGCCCCUGGAAGACCUGGUGGGUUUGAGAGAGCUGUUCCGAAGUCCCGAGCAAGCCCAGGAGCCAAUGUCUGCUGUCAACGUCGCUGAGGACCCCCACGAAGCCCCCCAGCCAGAGUCUGUCGUGAGCAGCAGAGUGAGGCGGCCCCGCGCCGCCGCGGGACCAGAGCACCCAGGAGAGGAGCUGCCCACCCGCCGCCGGGCCCCCCGCACAGGCCCCACCACGGCAGCCGGGGCAGAAGGCACCGAACCGCCAAAGGAAGCGCCAAAGCAGCGGCUGGAGCCCACCGAGAAGCUGACGACUACGAGAAGCGGGAGGCAGCCGCGAGCGGCCCAGGUGAAAGUCGAGGCCCCGGAAGGCUCAGCCGAGCUGAGGGAGCCCCCCCAGCCAGAGGGGCACACACAGGAGUCUGUGUCUGCUGCCAAGACCCCCAGGGUGCCCCGUGCAGAGCUUCCAGCCAAGCCCACCGUCGUGACAACGAGAACGAGGCGGGUCCAAGCCCCUGCGGGUCCAACCUCAGGAGCCGUGGAGCCUCCUGCUGGCCGCCGGCCCACCCGGGCAGCCACGGGGAGAGCCACACGCUUGGACCAGGCCGAUGGCAAGGGAGGUGCUGCCCCCUCUCAGGGACCAGCCGAGCAGAAGCCCCAGCCCGCAGAAGGGGUGGCAGGAAGCACAAGGCAGCCGCGAGCAGCCCGGGCAAAAGUCGAGGCCCCGGGAGGCCCGGCUGGGCCGAGAGAGCCCCCCCAACCGCAGAACACAGAUGAGCCCGUGUCUGCUGCCAAGACCCCCGGGGUGCCCCGUGCAGAGCCUCCAGCCAAGCCCACCGUCGUGACAAUGAGAACAAGACGGGUCCAAGCCCCUGCGGGUCCAACCCCAGGAGCCGUGGAGCCUCCUGCUGGCCGCCGGCCCACCCGGGCAGCCACGGGGAGAGCCACACGCUUGGACCAGGCCGACGGCGAGGAAGGUGCCACAGCCGAUCCGGGACCAGCCGGGCAGAAGCCCCAGCCAGCAGAAGGGGCGGCAGGAGGCAGGAGGCAGCUGCGAGCAGCCCGGGUAAAAGUCGAGGCCCCGGAAGUCCCGGCCGAGCAGAGGGAGCCCCCCCAACCGCAGAACACAGAUGAGCCCGUGUCUGCUGCCAAGACCCCCAGGGUGGCCCGUGCAGACCCUCCAGCCAAGCCCACCGUCGUGACAACAAGAACAAGGCGGGUCCAAGCCCCUGUGGGUCCAGAGCACGGAGAUGUGGAGCCUCCUGCUGGCCGCCGGCCCACCCGGGCAGCCACGGGGAGAGCCGCACGCUCCGACCAGGCUGACGGCGAGGGCAGUGCCAAGGCCCCUCAGGAACUAGCCGGGCAGAAGCCCCAGCCCGCAGAAGGGGCGGCAGGAAGCAGGAGGCAGCUGCGAGCAGCCCGGGCAAAGGCCGAGGCCCCGGAAGUCCUGGCCGAGUCAACUGAGCCCCCCAGCCCCCAUGAGGAUGCCAGCGUGCUGAGCCCUGAGGGCAGACCCUCAGAGGCACCCCUCAGCGCCCCCCAGGCAGACUCAGCCAGCCCAGGCAACAAGAGGCGGCGGCUCCGGGCAGCAGCCGGCACAGCGGGCAGCGAGGAGGCACCCACUCGCCCGAGAGCCAGCAGAGCAGUGAGAGGAGCCGCCAAGGACCCCGGGGAUGCGGCCGCCACGUCAUCCCAGGGAGCCACCGAGCAGAAGCCGGACUUGGGUGACCCUGUAAGCAGAAGCAGGAGGCCGCUGCGGGCCCAGGCCGGGUCCCCGGGCGAGGAGGCCCAGCCGAGAGUCCAUCUCCAGCUGUCCCAGCUGGCCGGCGUCCAGGCUCCAGAGCAAACAGCCCUCAGCACGAGGCGGCGGCCAGCUAGGACUCCCAGAAGUGGCCCCCAGGGCCCUCUGGGGGCGCCUGUGGAGGAGCCAGAGAGCAGUGGAGACCCCGGGGCCUCCCCGAGCCAAGGCCCCGCUCUCCCGGCGCCCCCAGCCGGACGGGUCACCAGAGGGAAGAGGCAGCGCCCAGAGCCAGCAGCAGAGGAGCCGCCGGUGCAGAAGAAGCAGCGGGUGGCGCCCCCGGACCCCCCCAUCACGGCGCAGAGCCAGAGGGUUCGGGCCCGGAGGACGGAGCCUGCGGAGGAGCAGCCCGACAGCACCAAGCAGGAGCAGGCGGACGGCACCCGAGCUGGCAGAGCCGGCACGACCCGACAGACCAUUGGUGCCUGUUUCCUGAUGCCCAAGAUUGUUGGUGUUCUUUUCUCGGUGCCCAAGACCGUUGGUGCCCAUUUUCCGGUGCCCAAGACCGUUGGUGCCCGUUUCCUGGUGCCCAAAACCAUUGAUGCUCUUUUCCCGUUGCCCAAGACCGUUGGUGCCCGUUUCCCGUUGCCCAAGACCGUUGGUGCCCGUUUCCCAGUGCCCAAGACCGUUGGUGCCCGUUUCCCAGUGCCCAAGACCGAGAACGACGACGUGGACGCCAAGAAACUCCGCCUUCGGAGCCGGCGGGAGAGGGCGGCUGUUUAG